ACACGCACCUGCCUAAAUCCGCACUGUCGUUUAUCAAAAUCCAUACUGUAUUUAAUUUUUACGCAUAAUCUGAGAUAGACAAUACAGUAGCUUCGACGGAACAGAUUACGAAACAAGUUACUAGUGUUUGUACCCUACAGUACGGCUACUUAACUUUUUGGUUAAAAACCUUUUUUUAGGGAAAAGAUAAUGAUACCAGUGUUAGUAUUUGCGACUUAUUCAAAAUAAGAGUUUUUUUCUUUCUCGGCAAAACAUUCACGACAGGUAUGCCCGAAGGACCAGAACUUUACCUGGCGAGUAGAUUUAUUAAUCGUGUCUGUAAGGGUCGCGUAUUUCAAACGAUCUCCAAAUCCGAGAUAAGCAAGAAUCCGAUGAUCAUGCCUCCUUGCAGCCAUGCAUUUGGCAAAGCUGGACAACAAACAUAUUUCACUAUCUCUGCAACCUCAAGAGGAAAAGAGUUGAAGAUCACUCUUUUAGAUGUAGCUAGUUCAAAGAACACCACACCCUCAAAAUGUGAAUUCUUAGACUCACAAUGCAAGCUCGAUGUUUUGUUUACAUUUGGUCUUGCCGGAAAAUUUGACUGGCUGCAGGCGGGCCAGUUGGAAAAACAUUCACAUUUGAAUUUUUUCACAUGCGAUAAUGGACCUAAAAUGGUACUUAGCUUCAUUGAUUACAUGCGAUUUGGAAAGUGGACACCAGGAGCAGAUUUCAGCUUCAAAGCAAGAGGACCAUGCACGUUGCUGGAGUAUGAUCGAUUUCGGGAGAAUGUAUUGAGCAACCUAGCUAACAACACCUUCAACAAGCCGAUAUGUGAGGUCCUGCUGAACCAGAGGUUUUUCAAUGGUAUUGGAAACUACCUACGGGCAGAAAUUCUCCACAGGGUGAAGGUGCCACCGUUUGUGUCUGCACGAAGUGUCCUUGAGCCACUUACUGUGGAGACAGUGGUAAAGACAGAACAGCCAGACAUUCUUCAGCUGUGUCAUAUCCUUCCUCAGGAGGUUUUGCAGCUAGAGGGUUCGUGGUAUGAUGGCAAGGACAGAGAAAACAAGGAGAAUGCCUUUAACAACUGGCUGCAGUGCUACUAUCAGGAUGGGAUGAAAACCUUUACUGACCACAACAAGCGUACAAUCUGGUACUCAGGGCCUCUAGGACCAUUGGCUCCAAAAGAUGGAAAAGUCAGAGCUCAAAAAUCGCCCAAGAAAAGGUCAAAGAAGGAACCAGAAAAAGAGCUACUUGCCGAAGAUUAUAAUAAUCCAGAAAAAGAAUCGCAUCCUAGAAAAUCAAAACAAAAACCAACAAAAGUUCCAAAUGGGAAAUACAAAAGAAAAUCUGAAGACAAAAGAUUUGACAGUGAUACAAGUAGCAUUGCAAGUAGUGACAGCGUAUCUGGAAGACUCACUAGAGGAAGUAUUAAAAAAAUAGUUGAAGAGACUGAAAAAGCUGCUGAAAGUGGAUGGAUAAGAGAAAAGAAAAUAUCUUCCGUUAAAGGUGUUUUAAAGACAGACAGCAAGGAAAAAUCAGCGAAGAAACCACGGAAGAGAGUUUAUAUGGAGAUUAAGACUGAAGAAGCAGUUGAAACAGGAUCUAUGGGUGUUGACACAGAAAGUAAUGUUAUGGGAAACCAUUUGGAAGGACAGACAAGAAAGCCUACUACAAAGAAGAAAGCUAGAUUAAGAAAUCCAUUGCAGAAAGAUGCCCCAAACUUGAACAGUACAGGUGGUAGGAAAGGGUCUGUCCAUAGGGGAAAGGCCUGCUCAAGAAAUACUCCAUCAUAAGCAAUUAGUUAUGCCUUGGCCACAAAGUGUUCAUUUUAUUGUGCAACUGAAAAUCUCAGUCAUUAUUUGAUGUUCUUCUCUGGUAUGUUUCUAUUAUCAUAAUUAUGAUAUAACGUCGGUUAACUGCAUAGGAAAUGGUCUACUUGCACUUUGAAAGACAGUCUCAAAAGCAGGAAGGCAUAGUAGACGCACAGUUAUAAACGUAUAGUGAGUUAAUGAUAUCCUUGCCCAAUUGUGUUCAUGUACAAAGCAAUUAUUAUCAUGAAACAGUGAUUUAAAUAAGAAAUACAUGUACUGUGA